UAUUUUCAUAUGAGAGGGAUAAGGGAUAGUGAAAUUUGCCCUAAAUUCGUCAUUCGAAUUGAAGAGAUUAAAAUAUUGAUUACUUUAAUCUAAAAAUUUUGUAACUCGAGAGAGAGUUAAGCAAGAGAUCAAAUGGCUACCUUACUAAUUCUGCUCUUGUUUCUCGACCUCUCGGCAGGACUCAGAGCAGGAGCAGCAGCAACAGGACAUGAGGAUUGCAAGCCAACACGAUGCAAUAGCGACGGCCCAAAGAUACGGUACCCAUUCCGGCUAAAGGACGAUGAGCAGCCAGAACACUCUUGCUAUCCUGGCUUCGAUCUUUCUUGUGAUCAUCAAAACCACACCAUGCUUGAGCUUCCAUUCUCUGUUAAAGUAGCAGUCAAAGAAAUCGAUUACAUGUCUCAGUUGAUACACACAUAUGACCCUCAUGGCUGCUUUCCUCGACUGCUUCAAAACCUCAGCUUAUAUACGCCUGCCUCUCCCUUCCAACUAGCAACGAAUUACAAGUACAAUUAUAGCUUUUUCAGUUGCUCCUCAACUGAGCCAAUCUCAUACAAUCCAAUCACUUGUCUUAGUAGUGACCCCAAUCACAAAGUUUAUGCCUUUCAGUCAGACGAUUUUAUGUCCGAUUAUCCCUUAUUAUCUUGCAAAAAGAUGUCGUUUAAGAUUUCAUCGCCAAUUCCAUAUGACAUAUUUUACCAGCAGCCAUAUCAGCUUACAUUGAAUUGGUUCAAACCGACAUGUGGGAUCUGUGAAGCGCAAAGCAAGUAUUGUAGAAUGAAGGAUAACAGCAGUGAUCAUGAAACUGAAUGCGUUGACGACGCACCAAACUCACCCAUUACAGGUAUACUCCGACACAAGUUUCUUGUUGCAGCAGUCAUUUUUGCAAUUUGUGUCCUUAUUGCAAUAUGUUGUGUCCUUCAAUUAAUAAUAAAAAAGAAAGAGGAUCAGGAAAAGAUUGAAAGAUUUUUGGAGGAUUACAAAGCCCUCAAGCCUGCAAGAUACUCUUUUGCUGACAUCAGGAACAUUACCAAUAAAUUUAAGGACAAAAUAGGCCAAGGUGGCUAUGGAACAGUGUACAAGGGAAAACUAUCCAAUGAUGUUCAUGUUGCAGUCAAAAUCCUCGACAAUGUCAAGGGAAAUGGGGAUGAGUUCAUCAAUGAAGUGGGAACAAUAGGUACAAUCCACCACAUCAAUGUCGUACGUUUGGUCGGAUAUUGUGCGGAUGGAUUUAAAAGAGCUCUUGUUUAUGAGUUCUUAUCAAACCAUUCCCUAGAAAAGUUCAUAUUGUCUAAACGCAAAAAGAAUUCACUAGGUUGGGAGAAGCUGCAUGAUAUUGCUCUUGGCAUAGCUAAAGGAAUUGACUAUCUUCACCAAGGUUGCAAUCAACGAAUCCUUCACUUUGACAUUAAACCUCAUAACAUCUUGUUGGACCACAAUUUCAACCCAAAAAUCUCUGAUUUUGGCCUAGCAAAGUUGUGUUCCAAGGAACAAAGUGUGGUAUCCAUGACUGCUGCAAGGGGCACAGUGGGCUAUAUUGCACCCGAAGUGUUCUCUCGAAAUUUUGGAAAGGUGUCAUGCAAAUCAGAUGUAUAUAGUUUUGGAAUGCUGCUGCUAGAAAUGGUUGGAGUAAGGAAUAAUAAUGUCACACAAAACAAAAGUGAAGUGUACUUUCCUGAAUGGAUUUACAACCGUUUGGAUCAUGGAGAAGAUCUAGAAAUCCAGAUUGAUGAAGAUGGAGAUGCACAAAUUGCAAAGAAACUAACUAUUGUGGGACUGUGGUGUAUACAUUGGUAUCCUAUAGACCGACCAUCGAUGAAAGUUGUGGUGCAAAUGUUGGAAGGAGAUGGAGGUAGUCUGACCAUGCCUUCCAAUCCAUUUGCCUCUGCAAAUCCAAUGACGACAAGGGGAAAAAUGAGGGGAAGGCUAUUAGAUAGUGAGUUAGAAGAAAUUUCUGAAUCUGAAUCGUUUUCUCAUUGAUGCUAGCAGCUACAUAACAUCAGUGGUCGUUUUGCAAUAAAUAUUUUCUUUGUUUUGAUAGGUCUACAAUAGAUAUGGAGAACUUUGAAUUAUUUACAAACAAUAGGUAUAAUGUGUAAUUAUUAUAAGAAAUAAAUAAACAUCCAGCGCCAUGUGUUAA